CUCCCUGGACCGCGGAAGUAAGAAGACCAUGCGUGUUGUAUGGGAAAUUUGUCGAAUUGUGUACAACAUUGGCGUAUUAAAGGGGAAACGUAUCGCUUAAACGCCGCCAGCCAGCGAUCAUGAAGAUCAAGCGACAGAAACAAGCCAAGAAAACAUUAUCCUUUUACAAAUACAAUUUUAACUUCAGGGAACCCCAUCAGAUUCUUAUUGAUGGAACUUUCUGUCAAGCGGCAUUGAAGAACAAGAUUCAAAUCAAGGAGCAAAUGCCGAAGUAUCUUAUGGGCGAGGUACAGCUUUGCACCACGAACUGCGCUCUAAAAGAACUGGACACACUGGGAAAAGAGCUCUACGGGGCCAAAAUCAUUUUGCAGCGGUAUCAAGUGAGGAAAUGUCAGCAUUUCAAGAACCCCGUUCCUGCCUCGCAGUGUCUGCUUUCUAUGCUGGAGGACACAAACCCGCAUCACUACUUUGUUGCCACGCAGGACUUCAAGCUGACAACAGGUCUUAAGAAGAUCCCAGGCGUACCUCUGCUAUACAUCAUCCUCAACACGAUGGUGCUGGAAAAACCCAGCCAGUCGUCGCUCGACCAGGUCCAGGCCGUCCACCUGGGCGAGCUCAUCAGCCCGGCAGAGCAGCAGAGACUCUGCAGCAUGAAAGAGGAUCAGGGCAUCGCCCAGAAAGGCGGGGAGAGACGGGGAAAGAAGAGGAAGCGGAAACAGCACAAUCCAAACCCCCUCAGCUGCCUCAAGAAGAAGAAGAAGAAGAAAAGCGGGCCGACACCGCCGCUUAAAAAAACUGAGCAAGCUCACAAGAGGACUCGGAGCAGACAUAAGAAAGGUGCAACACCAGGAGAAGAUCAUGUUUCCACUUCCUCGGUUCAAAAGCCAUCAAAUCUACUCGAGUGAAUACGUUCAAAAGCUGUUUUCGUCUUUGACAGAAUUUUCGACAGUAAAGUAUGUGAACUUAAA